CGGAGUGCCUCGACUUCUCCUCCUCCUCCUUCUGGCCCUCAGUGGCUGUCGCAAUGUGUGGCGGGAAGGAGCGCGUCGACUGCUUCCUGGCGCAGCUGGAGAAGCGAGGCGUGAAUCCCGCCCAACUCGCCAAACUUCCCGCUUACCAGAAGCUGAUCAAGAAACGAGCGACGUACCUCGACGAGAAUGAAAAUAAUGGCUCGAAGAAGAAAAGGCCCAAAGAAACAGACGAUGAUGCGAAAGUCAGUACGUCGAGCAGUGACAGAUUUAUUCAGACACGUGGUGCGCUUUGCGGGGUCGUCGUUGGUGCUAUGGCGAUAGCGAUUGCUCUGAUCCAUUACUUUGAAUUGCACACGCAUCAUGGAUUCGCGAAAUUCUGGCUCCGUUGGGAAAACCUUGAUCUCCACGUGGAACAGUGCACCAUCGAAAUGCCGCCAUCAGUACAGGAUGUGUUCAGACCACCGGUAGAAUGUGACAUGUGCCACCAAGUGACCCACGUAGAGAGAGUUCAUACGAUAACUCCAUCUGAGUUUGAAGAACGGUAUGCAUAUAGUGGCAGGCCAGUGGUUGUGACGGACGGACAGAAAAACUGGACAGCUCCACAGACAUUUUCAUUCCAGUUCUUCAAGUCUAUCUACGCCGAUGAUUCUCCCGUUCUGGAGAACUUCGAGAAGGACUGCCAGUUCUUCCCUUACCAGACAGAGUUCAAGAAUCUCAGACACGUUUUCAACAUGUCAGAGCAAAGGGCCAAUAUGCGCGGUGACCCUUGGUACAUUGGAUGGAGCAACUGCGACUCCACGGCAGCGAACACACUCCGGGGGCAUUACGAGCGUCCUUACUUCCUGCCCCAGUCCGCCGAAUCCUCCAAGACAGACUGGAUCUUCAUCGGCACUCCCGGUUACGGCGCCCAUCUGCACAUCGACCACGUAGGGAACCCCUCCUGGCAAGCGCAGAUCAGAGGGAGGAAAUUGUGGACUCUGGAACCUCCGCCUGAGUGUUACUUCCACUGUGUUCCCAUGGAAGUCGUCGUCGAACCUGGAGAGAUAAUUGUACUAGACACAAAUAUCUGGUACCACAAGACGCUCAUCGUAUCGGAAGACCUCAGCAUCACAAUUGGAUCAGAAUACGACUAGUUUACAACAUGACAACAAUUACAACAAUCACAACAACACAAGCAGUGCAAGAAAAGUUUCGACGGUUGCUGUAUUACCGCUGAAGAAAUUUUUUAUAACAAACUAUAAAAGAAGACACCUCGGGGGAAUAAUUAAAUAAAAAUCCAAAAAUAUCCAAAGUAGUCAGUCUGGAAGCAAUUAAGCCUAGGUAAAAGUUCCAGAACUUCCAAAGCUGAAAAAAAAAUGUGGAAUGUGCUCAAACCAGAAAAAGACGCAAAAUUGAUCAAAUUGGUGAUAACUGAUGAAUAAGGUCAUAUGAAAAUUGGAAACGCUGAAUAAAAUUUAGACGUUAUUUUCGGCAAGAAUAAAAUAUCAAAACUUAGAAAAAAAAAAAAACUACAGGUAUUACGAAAAAAUUUGAAAAUAAAUUUGUUGAUUUAGAGAGUAAAUGGACUGAAAAGAUUAUACAGAGAAAUACAUAGCAUUGAGAAAUCUGAAAUUUAAAUAGAAAUAUUUUUCAGUACCGAGAGGAAGAUCCCCAUGAAGGUCUUUGUUAUCCACCAUUCUCAUCUCAAUUUUUCAACACUGUUUAAAUUAUUCCACGAGAAAUCAUUCUUCCGGACCGAAUUUUGGCGAUUUGGUGAAAUGACUUAUUUUAAAUGUGUGGACGCUGACAAAAUUAUAAAUAGAUAAUACGGCAUAUUACGUAAUGUUUUUUAAUGGCCCUUGGCCUGGUUAAUCAAAGGAAAAUAUGAUAUAUCUUAAGAGAGGAAAUGUAUAAGUUAAAAAGCCACUCAACACUGGACGUCAAAUUGGCAGCAUAUAUUAUUCGUGAACGUGAAUGUCAGUAUUCCAGGCCUUUUUAAGAGUACCGUAAUUGUUUCUGCGUGACACAUAAAAUAUUCUCAAAAUCAUUCGUAAAAGGCAAAUCAGGAGUAAAGUUUCUCUGAAAUAUGUACCGUACACGUUGGCCUUUUCCGCUCACGUUAACGAGGUUUUAUCACGCAAGUACGUUUACUGUCUACUUUUCGUAUUUUACUUUCAACCCUUUCCCAAAAUAGUUCAUUAUUCUCCUUGCAUUAACGUAAAUUUAAAAUUAUAGUUAUACAUUAUCAUUAUAGCGAUAUCAGUCAAGAACAACCGUUCGUGACCAUCAAGUCUAACACAGGUGUUGUGUUUUUAUUUGAAAACUUGGCAACGAAUAGCUUAAAGAUUUUUACAUAAAUGACAGAAAACGUCCUUAUGUCAAACCGGUUCACAACGUGUACAGCUGUACUCCGGUCUCAACUUGUUUACUGCAUAAACUUUAACUGUUGGUAUGUAUGCUGAUUCUCUGCAUCAUUUAUCGUGCAAAUGUUAUCCGUUCUCAUGAUGAAUCAAAGGUAAUUUAUGUGUAAAUAAAUGAGAAAUCAAUACAAUUAGGUUAUGAAAUGUUUAGUAGCUGUUAUGUGUAAUGUGUAUAUUUUUGCAUCAAUAAAAUGAC